UAUCCGUUCGUCCCUCUGCCCCCGAGGGUCUGGUGCCCUGCAAGCAAAACCCCAUCCAUCUAUUUCUCCCCGGAGCCUCGCCGCCGACGCAGGGGAAGGAGAAGGUCCGGUCCGAGGAGAGCGGAGGAGGAUGGGCGAGUUCGACGACUACUGGGCGCGGGCGUAUAGGGGCGACUCCGGGGUCCCGCACUCCGACCCGCAGCGCCUCGUCUCCACCUGGACCGGCGCCUUCGCCCUCGGCGCCGCCGCCUGCGUCCACCACCACGCCUCCGCGCUCGCCUCCCACAUCAAGUCCCUCCCCGCCACUUGGCAAGACAUGACAAUGAUGCUUGAUCAAAAGCGCUGGAAGAAAAUCCUUGACAAGAAGCAACAACAAGCUUAAGAUCAUUAUACUUCCAAGCUUCUUGGGCCGGUUGGAUGAGCUUGUCUCAAGUCAUCGAUUGUGGUGCAGAAAGUUUCAGAGCGGCCAACUUUUGGUUUUCCUGCAUAGUGUUAGGACUUGCCUGUCAAAACAUAUCGUGUUAAGCAGCCCAUGUUGUGGUGUUUACUCCAGCUCAAAUCCUCAAGAUGGCAUAAUGGAUGAUUUUUCCAUUCUUAAAAUCUUUGUUAUCUUUUGACCAUGCGGUAUGUCAUAUAAAUCUGCGGCAUUCGUUAUAUUUC